AUGAAGAUUCAACAAAGUAUCAUUACCUUAUUUGUGGCCUGCAACUUGGCUAGUUCAGCUGUUGGUAGAGUUGCGCCUCAAGGAUCCCUUACUGAGCCACACACUGUCCACCACAAAACCCCCAAUCCGCAACGUUAUCUGAUGAUGGGAGGGAUGACGGGAAGGAGUCGUGAUCCUUGCAAGUCGUAUAGGUCAAAGAAAAGUCAGAAGUCUAUGGUUGCAACCCAGGUGUGUGAUAGGUUCCAAGAGGAGGGCAAAGAUCCCUGUGCUGCAAUCACAGACAAGAAACAGAAGAAACAAUGCUACAUUGAUAACCACCAGGACAAGACACCUACCUCUGCUCCAACCAAGCACAAGAAGCCAAAUCCCAAGAGCAAGCACAAUGAUCCUUGCAAGUCCUAUAGGUCAAAGAAAAGCCAGAAGUCUAUGAUUGCAACCCAGGUGUGUGACAGAUUCCAGAAGCAAGGCAAAGAUCCCUGUGCUGCAAUCAAGGACAAGAAAAAGAGGAAACAAUGCUACAUUGACAAUCUCACAACAGAAAGCCCUACACAUUCUCCCAGUGCUUCCUCUUCACAAACCCCAAGCCAGGCCCCCACAGAUGCUACUACUGCACCGACUACUUCUCCCUCAGCUUCUCCAUCAACUUCUCCCAGCCAGUCUCCUACAGACACAACCAUUGCUCCCACCACAUCUCCUAGUCAAUCUCCCACAGACAAAACUGUUUCUCCUAGCACUUCUCCCAGCCAGACUCCUACCGAGACAACCAUCGCUCCCACUUCUUCCCCUUCACAGACCCCAAGUCCAAAACUCAGAGCCACUUCGCCACCAACUGAUGACAAUACAUCUGGCUGGUUCUGGAUCAAUGGCAAGCGCAAUGAAGAGUCAUUGGAAAUGGGCCAAUGGGUGGAUCACCACAAGCUGUCUGGAUUUAGAGUCCGUCUUCGUCAGACAAACACCGCCAAAAGGAAUGUGAACAUCCACCUUGGGCAAGGUGAUCUCAUUUCCAUCCAGACGUAUCAUGACAUUUUGAAUGUGGAGGUAAACCACAAGGAUGCAGCCCACUACAUGGGUGCCACUGGUCUCAUGGGAAGUUUCCCCACUGGAGCUCAUGUAGCCCGUGAUGGAGUGACUGUGAUUGAGAGCGCGAAUGAUUUUGGACAAGAAUGGCAAGUGAAGGAGGAUGAACUGCACUUGUUCCAUGCUGUGGAAGGUCCCCAGGCUCCUCAGCAAUGCCAAUUGCCCAGUGUCAACAAGGAACAGUCCCUACGUCUUCGCCGCCGUCUUGGUGAAGCCAAGGUGUCCAUGAAAGCAGCCAAGAAUGCCUGCAAGUCAUUGACCAAUGGAAAUGAGUACAAGGAUUGUGUGGAUGAUGUUUUGGUGACCCAAGAUUUGGGAGCUGCUGAGAUUUGGGUGCUGAACUAA